UUCGGUAAUAUUCCUACUGCCUGGAGUGAACUACCAAUAAGGACUCCGACUGUCAACGGAGGAUGUCUGUGGCGCAGCGCAGAGAAAUUGUCUAAACCUAUUCAAGAUACCUGUAGCAACUGUAAAAGUGUUGUUGUCGCAUCGGUGUAAAGAUCUCAUCAUUUUUUUGUUGUUGCAAUUGGAACAGAUAUAACAUUUACACACAUUCCCAUACAACAUCACCGUGCGCUGAUGGACAAUUACGCGCAGAAGUUGCGGUGCGUAAUCAUGAUAAUCAUCGCGGAUGGCUGUUUUUCAUGUUCUUGGAUUAUGCGUACACGCUUGUUAUGAUACCUGGUCAUCGCCUUUCCUUCGUCUACAGUGGAGAAGAAAAUUAACAAAGGGACGCACAUGAUGAGAAGCGCGGGGUUGUUGCUUGGCUACUUUUUGGUGAAAGUUCUUGUAUGCGACGCGGAGGGGGAGCCAGGGCAGAAGCUGGACGGCUUUAUUAUGGUACCAACGGGUACCAACGAGUCAAAAUUGAACGGAAAAAAUAGCGUUUCGGAGAGUCCGCAUACAGAGGACAGGUGCCGGGGUUAUUACGAUGUGAUGGGCCAGUGGGAUCCGCCGUUUGUGUGCCAGACCGGCAGUUACCUGUACUGCUGCGGGACCUGUGGCUUCAGAUUCUGCUGUGAGUUUACAAGCUCGCGGCUGGACCAGACCACCUGCAAAAACUAUGACACCCCGCCGUGGAUGAUGACAGGCAGACCCCCGCCUAAGAAAAAAGACCCCACUCACGACCCCACAAAGGAUAAAACAAACUUAAUUGUGUAUAUAAUAUGUGGAGUUGUUGCCAUAAUGGCCCUCGUUGGGAUUUUCACAAAACUUGGACUUGAAAAGGCGCACCGUCCACACAGAGAAAACAUGUCAAGGGCUCUAGCCCAGGUGAUGCGCCAGCCUGGUCCAGGAGAACACUCAGAAGACAUUGGAGUGCAUGGACAGCACUAUGACAACAUGCAAGCCAACAGGGUACCUGCGAACAGUCUCCAGGCUAACCAGAUGAACAGUGUGGGUCCAGGAUCAUCACUAAUGCCAGGCUUAGGGUCUCCUCCCCACCCCUACCCUUCCCUGGGACAGAUCACUAGCCCCUAUGAGCAACAGCAACCUGGGAAAGAGCUCAAUAAGUACGCCUCCCUCAAGGCUGUCGCGGAGAAGGUUAAUGACAACUUCUACACCAACCGGCGGCACAUGGUAGAGAUGGCAGCCAAGGGCAGUCUCCCUAUGCACCCGAUGCAUCGCAUAGAGCAGGAGCCCAGCAACCCCUACAGCCCUCCCUUACAGCCUUCCCUAAAGCAGAACGGACACAAGUCCAAAAGCACCAAGGGCCACAGCAGCCACAGCAGCAGCUCCCAUACCCUGGCCUAUGGCUCCAAUACAAUCACCAACCCGGGGAUGCAGAAGAACUGGGACGGCUCAGAGACGGUGGGCCGCCGGCAGAGCCACGGCACUAAGAAACACUGCACCAUAGAGCAGGUGAACGAGAUGCACAGCACCUCGCGCAGCCAGCACUACAUGCCUCCGCAGCCCUACUUUGUCAGCAACAGCAAGACAGAAGUGACUGUCUGAUAUGAGAACCCACCCCACCACCAUAACCACUAUAAGCCCAGCUGUAAGAAAGAGAGAUCGAGAGAGAGAGCGAGAGAGAGAGAGAGAGAGAGAGACAGAGAGAGAGGCUGAAGUAGGACAGCGGUCCUAGAUUGAGUGCACCUCUCUAUGGGUGCUGUGUGUCUACUAAUGCGUGUGGCUGACUGUGCAUUUGACAGGCAUGAGUGGGACUCCUGCCAGUCGGAGGAGAGUGACCCGAACAACAUACUCCAAACCUCCAAGUUUUCGGUCAUCACUGUAUUGAUGAUUAUAUUGCAACUAAUACAAACAAAUCAUAUACUGCUAGUCAGACUAACAUCAGUGAGCAGAGCAUAGUAAUGAUUGACCUCUGAUGGACAGAUUAGCCAGGAUGAGUCUGGAGCCAUGCAGCGGUGGAAGAGACUGGAACUGGACAAAAGCCCAGUGGCAAUAGACUUUUCCUAUUGUCAGUAUUAACUGAGAUCUCAAAGGGCCUGAAAAUGUGUAUCAUCUCAUGUAGUUUCCACUGAAUCCGCCUUGGAUAAGCCAGUGGGUUUGAACUAGACGCAGUGGAGUAGAUGAGUGGAGCAGCCGAUAGUAAAGGGAUACAUUGUUCUCCUCAACAUUGAUUGACAUUUCCUCAGAUGUUAUGUAGUGUAUAUACUGUGCGGGGACUUGUUGGUAAUGCUCAUGCUCGGGAACCUCAGGCUCAUGAUUAUAUCUAUAGGGAAACAGUAACCAUUUCAGAUAUGGACUGUAUAUUCUCCUUCAGAAACUACAGAGCAUGAGGUGGAUGAGACUGCACCAAACCAGUUCUGUAGCCACAACGUUACACACACCCUACUCUGCUCUCUCUGGUGUUAGGGCUGUGCCUUUCUCUGAGGAAACUAUGAAAUACUGUUCAAAUCAAAGAGCUUGUCUUAUAAACCACUGCAUAAGUUGUGGAAUUUAUUUAAAUAUCUUCAUCUUGCAAACAGGUCCACAGCUGUCAGUUGAAAACGGUGAGUUGCAUCUAUCACUUAAACAUUCUUUAUUUCUGUUUCCAUUCAACAAUGCAUUGUGUGUGUGUGUUUACCUUGGUACCUUAGAACAAUGAUAGAGAAAACACAGAAGGAAUUGUGUCCUUUCCAUACAUGUAACGUCACUGCCAAUAAAUGAGUAAAUAUAUUGCCUAUAAUUCCAAAAUUGAUUAGUAUGGGAUUAAUAUUGUGCAGUGGUACCUGUUUCUCACCCACCUCCAUCAAUACUACCAAAUCUUUACAUGGCCUAGAGCCAGGCCCCAAACUCAGACUGUUGUGGCAGUAGAAAACUACUGAGGGCUCCUUUACGGCUACCCAGAGAGUUGAUAAAGGGUUGUGGAUGUUCCUGAAACAGCCAUGAAAGGUAAAGCCUGGGUAAAUAGAGUGGAUGGAUUUCAUUUAGUAUGAGAUCAACCCCUGGAUUAAGACAGACGAGGUCCUCUGAAAUCACCAUGAGUUGAUGUCAUUGCAUGCACAAAUCAAACUUUAACUAUCUGUAAAAUAGAAAUUGCAAUACAUUAUGUACUAAUUAUUGAUUAAAAAAGUAUUAUUUGUUUCUUAUUUUUAUUAUUUUUAUUUAAAAAAGAAAAUCUAAAUUUUCAUCAACUUUAUAAGAUAUACACAUAAAAAUAAAAUGUGUUCAUUUUGAAUAUCGGGAGUAGCCUACUAAAACAUCUGAGAGUACGCAUGUACAAACACACAGGUCAAGAUGUGCCUGUCUUUUCCAUUGGGCUAGUUGUGCGUCAUCAGAUGAAAAAUAGUACAUUUUUCUCCCAACACUCCAUUCUUGGGAGCCCACACGAGCAACACAGUGCAUUAGCAUGCCACACUUACCAAAAAAAGCUUUUUAAAUAAAGGGCUUCUGAUGCAAUUUGCCAUGUGUUGCGUUUGUCACUGCCCACUGAUUCAAGGGCAGCCCACACUUUGUCCGUAUGUCUUAAUCAUGUCUCUCAACUUUCCAUGGCUUUCCACUGUCCAUUUGUCUGUCUACUUGUGACAAAGUGGCUCUAAUGGCUGGAGGAGUGACAGCCAGCAGCUUGACGCUCAUUCUCUUACUCACCACAUGAGAUCUGGUCAGAAUAGACGUGAGUCACAUUCCCUGCUCUUAGAACUUUGGAAAGCAUUAGAAGUGGACAAAAUGUUUUUAAUUUGUGGUUGGUACAGUAUGAAAAAACACAAGUCAACAUUUUUGGAUUAGACUAAGGGAACAAUCGUCAAUACUGAUUUGCUAAGGUCUACUAUACAAUAAGUGCUUGUAUUUUUAACCACAUUUGAACCAGAUAUGUAUUGUAUAGUCAGGCACACAACUAUAUGUUUUGAGUGUGUUAUCACAUUGUCAGUGAAACUUAAUGCACCAAUACUAUAGAUUGCUGCUAUAUGCUAACAACCAAGGCACCAUCUCCCAUUUCUCAUAAUGAAUAUGUUCAAACCUUUAUUUUGCUAUUGCUUGACGUAACUCACAGUCACACAAACUGCAACACAUUGUAUUGUUGUUUCAUCACACAAGCCACUUGUAUGUAGAAUUGUCUAGACUAGACUCGUCAUAUGUGCCGUUUUUGGCAUAUAUGCAACGCAUAUCAGUUCAACAUUUGCACCUAUAAGACAGAAGACUUCAGAAUACCAAUGUGUGUGAAGUGAUGCAAAAAAAAGGUACACAUGUAUGUAUUUGGGUAUGACAUUUGUCUAUACAAAACAAUGUCCGACAAUAAAAAUGGCAAGGAAAAGUACUGCACAUUUGCAUUGACUGCAAAAGGGCUGAUUCUUUUAGGUCAUAAAUAUAGAGACAUAUUUAGUAUGGCUGUCCAGUACAUAGUUAAGGUGAUGUUUUGGUAGGGCCAUAGAAUAAGUCUGUGCCUUGUGUCCAAAUUAAAUGUGCACCUGAUUUAAUUGUCCAAAUACUGACUGGUCUAUGAACAGAUUGAUGCAUAAUAUUAUACUGUAUAGCAUGAUAUGAAAUCACUGUUCCACUUCAGAGGUCCCUCUCAAUAACAAUAUCAUAUCCAACAAGAGUUCAUUUUUUAAAACUUAAUCACCAGAUAAUGUAUCUGGUUUCUCAGUGUUAAAACAUGUGCAGAAGUCCACAGCUCCAUUGAUUGUAGAUAGAGUGCACCUAUUAUACUGUAUGCAUCCACAGUGCAUUGAAUAAGAUAUUUUGUCAUCAUUUUAGUCAUGGAGGGAACCUACAGUAACACUUGUAUGUGUAGUAGUGAAGUAUAACUCCCUCACUCAAAUAGCUUCCACUGAUAUAAUAGCAUAAAACAUGUACAUGACGUGUAGAUUAACAUUCCAGCUGACUGGUCAUCAUGCUCUGUAAUGGCAUACUGUAAAGUAAUAACACAAUGGCCAUUGAUUCUAAAUCAUGCCCUAUGAAAUUAUGUAACUAUUUACAUUCAAACUUUGCUAAUUUCUCAAUCUAAAUAAAAACAUUAUUUACCUAAUCUGCAUUGAACUAAAUUGUGCCCCUGGCUGAGGCUGAAUUGCAUUCAAUGCAGCUAGUGGUCUUGGUUCCACCCUUUAGGAGUGGGAAGACGAUGGUGCUCUUUGUCAGUGGAUCAUGUUAUUCGUGAAGCACAACUUAUUUUGUAUUCUAACAAAAUGAAAUAUUACUUGUCAUAUAUGUAUGUGCAAGUUGGGAAGAGGAAACUUCAUUGUAUUGUACACAUCUAAAAUCAUAUUUACAAUAAAUCUGUUUCUUCUCAAGA